UACUCACUUUCUAUUUUCUUUUCUUAUUUCAAUACACAACACUCACUUUCUAUUUUCUCUUCUUAUUUCAAUACACAAUACUCACUUUCUAUUUUCUUUUCUUAUUUCAAUACACAACAUUCACUUUCUAUUUUCUCUUCUUAUUUCAAUACACAAUACUCACUUUCUAUUUUCUCUUCUUAUUUCAAUACACAAUACUCACUUUCUAUUUUCUCUUCUUAUUUCAAUACACAAUACUCACUUUCUAUUUUCUCUUCUUAUUUCAAUACACAACAUUCACUUUCUAUUUUCUCUUCUUAUUUCAAUACACAAUACUCACUUUCUAUUUUCUCUUCUUAUUUCAAUACACAAUACUCACUUUCUAUUUUCUCUUCUUAUUUCAAUACACAACACUCACUUUCUAUUUUCUCUUCUUAUUUCAAUACACAACACUCACUUUCUAUUUUCUCUUCUUAUUUCAAUACACAAUACUCACUUUCUAUUUUCUCUUCUUAUUUCAAUACACAAUACUCACUUUCUAUUUUCUCUUCUUAUUUCAAUACACAAUACUCACUUUCUAUUUUCUCUUCUUAUUUCAAUACACAAUACUCACUUUCUAUUUUCUCUUCUUAUUUCAAUACACAAUACUCACUUUCUAUUUUCUCUUCUUAUUUCAAUACACAACAUUCACUUUCUAUUUUCUCUUCUUAUUUCAAUACACAAUACUCACUUUCUAUUUUCUCUUCUUAUUUCUUCUUAAGUUUAAUUCUAUAA